UCGAAAGAGGAGAAAGCAAACAAUUUUCAGGCCCGCCGCGUCUCGCAAAAAAUAUGAGAAAAAAAUUAUUAAAAAUUCGGAAAAUAGUUGAAAGUGAAGAAAAACUCAACAGAAAGGAUGAUAAAGCGUCCGGGACCCCUGUGUCCAGGCAGUGCUGAACACAUAAAACUGGACAGAAUAAUCACAUCAGCACUAGUCCGGCGCCGUGCAUCGGUCCAUGUAGCUGGUCAGCCUUAGGGUGCCAUGGCCACGGGAACCCAGGGCCACCGUGACCAAGUCCUGGACAAAGCCAAGCUUGCAGUACCUCUGGGGAGGCGCAAGAGAGCAGAAGGCAAGCUGAAGAAGAAUUUCCCUUGUCAGGAGUGUCAGAAGGCUUUCAACAGUCUGGAGAAGUUGAAGGUGCACUCAUACUCUCACACAGGAGAAAGACCCUACCGCUGCUCCCACCCUGAAUGCACCAAGGCUUUCGUCUCCAAAUACAAGCUGCUACGGCAUAUGGCAACUCACUCGCCAGAAAAAAACCACAAGUGUUCAUACUGUGAGAAAAUGUUCCACCGUAAGGAUCACUUAAAGAAUCACCUACAUACUCACGAUCCACACAAGGAGGCGUUCACUUGUCAAGAGUGUGGCAAGAGCUACAACACGAAGCUGGGUUUCAAACGCCACCUUGCCCUCCACGCUGCCAACAGUGGAGACCUCACCUGCCAAGUGUGCCUGCAGCCAUUCCCCAGCACUGGGGUUCUUCUGGAACACCUCAAAACACAUGCUGGCAAGUCCUCCGGUGGGACCAAGGAGAAAAAACAUCGUUGCGAGCAUUGCGAGCGGCGGUUUUACACCCGUAAAGACGUGCGACGGCACAUGGUGGUGCACACCGGACGCAAAGACUUCCUCUGUCAGUACUGCGCCCAGCGUUUUGGAAGGAAGGACCAUCUGACGCGUCACAUGAAAAAGAGCCACGCUCGGGAACUGCUGAGGGUUAAAACUGAGCCAGGCGAUUCGCUGGAGCCCGUCGUCUACGACUUGGCGUCUGGGAGCGUGAAGGGGGAGCUCCCGGGAAUGCUGACGCCAAGACUGCACCAGCUGAACGUGUACCCAGGCCCCGUCCUCGACACCGAGCCCUUCUCCAGUCCCACGCAUCCCUUUUCUUUAAAGUACCCACUGGGCUCCAACUUUACCUCAUACGCCGUGUCCUCACAGGAGCGGGAGCAGAAUCUUAAGGGAGACCUGGAGACCUACCUGAUGGAGCUGCAGAGCAGUAUGCCAUCCUCUGCCUCUCAAGCCCAAGAAGCCCAACUCUCCUCCUCCAAACUUGAGUUGGUCCCUGAAGUGGGUGUGCUGGAGGAAGCCAAUGAGGAGAUGUCCAAAAUGUCCACAUCAGUAGCAGCACCUGCAGGCGACUCUUUGGCCUUAUCUUCCUCUCUAAUGGAUUUUUCACAGCUUUUCAACUUCCUGCCGCUCAAUGGGCCUCCAUACAAUCAGGUAGGGGGCAGUGGGGGGCAGGGUGUCGCUUUUCUACCCAAUGAAGAGCCUGCAUCUCUAGUUCAGCUGCCCUCUCAGGCUGCCACGGGCUCAGAGGCUGCUGAGAGUCCCCUUCAGGGGCUCUCCUCCUCCUUCAUAUCCAACCUGAGCACUCCAACCACACUGCCCCGCUUCCACCAAGCUUUCCAGUGACCCCAGUACAUCUGGCACAUGCCACUCACAAACACUGACACACAUGUAGAGCUGCAUAUUAAACGCCAUACAAGAUGCAAGUGACCCACGGCUGAAGAAAUUGGCACAUCUGUCCGUUUAUGAUACCUGACAGGAGACAGCACAGAGCCAGGUCAGCUUCCUAACGAUGAGGGUUUGUUUUGGGCCAAAUGUAAGUUAUUCUCUGUUAGAGUCUUUUUUUUGUUGCCUUGGGCAGUUUAAAGAAGAAAUGAAUAAAAUCCUGAUCUGUCCUUGAUUACAGAGACAUGCAUGCUGGUUACCAUAUGAAGCAGCCAGACUCACAAAGAAACAAACCAUUCUCUCUGUAUCUCAUCAAUAAGCUUAAUGCAAACAUUAAAGGGCUGCUUUGCAUAACAACAUGAGCAGAGCUGACACUGAGAUGAUUUGACAGGAUAAGUGUUACGACUCAGACACUUGAUUGACUUUGUUACACGUGCGUUUAGUUCUUCAUACAGCACUUUGGAUUUCUGGUCUUCAAAGAUCGUUAUAUGUGAUAAGAUUUAAGAGCAUCCGUAGUUUUGAGGGUUUCUGUUUAGGAGCCAAAGUAUAACAGGAGGAGCCAUGAUGGUUCGUUUAUUUCUAAUUAAAGUAGAAAUGAACUUUUCUUUUUCGACUGUACUCGAGUGAGCAGCCAGGUGCUUUACUGUGUCACACAUUUGCACUGUCAGUAGUAAGACCAUGUGCUCAGCGCGUGGGCUUGCCCAGUUUCAGCCACAGGCAGUAUAAAACAUGGACUCCAGGUCUGAAACCUGCAGCCAGCGCAGAAGUGCCUUAAACCUGCAUCUUAAAUGACCAACAGAUGGUGAGAGUUGUGUUUGCAGUAACGUCCUCUGAGCUCUCGAUCUGUGCUCAAAAACUCAGCUUUGUGUUCGGUGAACUUCUGUUUCUAUGAUCUGGCAUCGCUGUGUGGUGUUCGUCCUGACAGGUGCCAUAGAAAUGAACUGUAACUGUGUUCUGGGAGCCCGUUCUCACUCCCGAGGCGCAACAUGCCGACGUUUUGUCACGUCCCGCGGCGUUCCUGAGGAACGCGAAA